AUGACGCCUCGAGCGGAGGCGCGAGUGCCCGCGGUGCGCAUGGGGGGCCGUCGCGCGCGGCGCUGCAGCAGCGCUGCAGGGGCGGCGCUGGCGGCCCUGGCCCGCACUGCGGGCGGCGUGCCAGUCUGCCGGGGCGGGGCCGUGGCCGAGCUGGAGGUCUACAGGCUCCACAGGGCGGGCCCGAACGAUGCGGCCUCGCUGGCGAACCGCAACGCGGGCGACGCGAUGGGCGACAUGCACUACGUCUGCCUGAUGCACGACGGCGGGGGCUACCAGGACAGUCUGGUGAGUCGGUGGCGCGUCACCGUCAACACCUCGUGGGGGCCAUACGCGGUCUGCAACACGAUGCUGGGAGAUCGCUGCCUCGGGCUGCCAGGGUCCAAGUACGUCGGUCGGGAGAGCGCCGUGCACCAUCACCGCAGGGGGCAGUGCACGGCCAACGCCGCCGGCGGGAGCUGGCUGUCGUUCCCGGCGGACGGCGAGUGCGCCGCAGGCCAGCCCGUCGGCGCCGCGGGGUGCACCUGGAAGGCGGAGCGCGCGCGGACGGUGGCGGCGCGCUGCGUGCUGGAGGAGCGCGGCCUCGCCCGGCUGUGCAGGGAGACCCGCGGCACAGGCCCGUACGGCGCCGCCGCGGGCCUCCUGGCCGCGGCGCUGGCGGGGGAGCCGGGCGCGGGCCCCGGGGGCGGCCGGUGCCCCGACGCGGGCGCGGCG